GCGGGUAUUCAUGUGCCUAUCGGUCAAAACAAAACCAGCAUUGCAUGCUAAAUUGCGAAUUAUACAAUAAGUUGUGUCUCAAAUUACGUUUACAUAAACUGAAGCGGUGUUCGAUGGUGUGCUGUCAACUGAAAAGAUCACAUCUCUCAGUCUGACGCUGUUUCAGCAGGCCUGAAACAAGAACAACAUGCAGUCUAAUUUUAGACGAUUUGGAGGAACAGGAUUAACCUUUAUAGAUUUCCUGGAUGUUGACCACACGGAGACAGUGACGCUGUCCCAGGCAAUACAGAAUUCCUCAGAGGAUGUCUCAGCUAGCCAAGACCUGGAAAACGAAGCAAAUGUCCUCUUUGGUAAUAUUCAAGGCACCGUGGUGGGCCUGCGAUAUUACACAGGGGUGGUCAACAAAGGAGAGAUGGUCUCUUUGGUAAGACAGCCUCAAAACCCAUACGACCGAAAUGCAGUAAUGGUUGCGAAUGUGUAUGGAAGCCAGGUGGGACAUAUUAAGAAAGAGCUUGCAGCCGCAAUGGCUCCCAUCAUGGAUGGCAAGUUGGGGAAGAUUGAAGGGGUAGUACCCUAUGGAGAAACAAACAAAUUUUCAAUGCCUGUCAUACUUUCCUUCUGGGGAAAAGAGGAAAAUAAGAACAGUGUCUUAAGUAUGCUCAGCCGUCACGGUUACAAGCUUGGAUUCUCAUCAGGUGGUAAGGCAUACUCGAGUGGCGGUCAAACACCCCAAGGAUUCCUUGCACCCUCCAAGAGACUGAACGCCAUUCCUUUGACACCUGAACAGCUGAAGAGUGCCUUUGACAAACUCUUCGAUGACCUGAUGGAGGACAAGACGCGAGAGAUGGAGCCAGCUGAGGCGAUCUACACUCCCCUGCUCCCCCAUCAGAAGCAGGCUCUCCACUGGAUGACCACAAGGGAGAAUAACAACGACUUGCCCCCCUUCUGGGAACAAAAGGGCGACCUGUACUUCAAUGUCCUCACCAACUUCGCCGUGCGGGAGAGGCCAGAGAAAGUCCGCGGUGGCAUCCUGGCUGAUGACAUGGGACUGGGCAAAACCCUCACCACCAUUGCACUGAUUGUGUCCAAUUUCCAUAACGGGAAACCCUUGCCGCUAGAGAGGAAUGCUACAUCAGAGGGACAUUCAAAGGCAUCGCCGUCAAAAAGAGCACGUGAAGAGCCUGCCACUGUGGAGGGUGUUGAUCCAGAACAAGGUGUAGGGCAGUCAGCUGUUCCAAAGAAGAAGGCCAAGACGACCAAGAAAGACAAAGGCUCCACCAGCACAGGUGCGGUUCUGAUGGAUGAUCUGGGCUUCGAGGCAGCACUAGGAGGCCUCACCACGGACGGGGGCUCGAAGAAGAAAAAAGCAAAGAAGAAGAGCUCAGCUGUGGACAGUCUCCCUCUGGAGAGCAGCAGCAGUGCCAGAGCCACCCUGAUCCUCUGUCCCCUGUCUGUGCUGAGCAACUGGUUGGACCAGUUUGAGCAGCAUGUACGAGUGGAUGUGAAACUGAAUGUGUACCUGUACUACGGCGCUGAACGCUGCCGAGACACGGACUUCCUGUCUGGACAGGAUGUGGUUCUCUCCACCUACAACAUCCUCUCUUCAGACUUCAGCAGCAAGGCCAGCAGCCCUCUGCACAAGGUGAGCUGGCUACGGGUGGUGCUGGACGAGGGCCACGUCGUCAGGAACCCCAACGCCCUCCAGAGCCGGGCUGUGCUGGGCCUCAACGCAGAGAGGAGAUGGGUCCUGUCAGGCACUCCCAUCCAGAACUCCCUGAAAGACCUGUGGAUGCUGCUGUCGUUCCUGAAGCUGAAGCCGUUCGAUGUGAAGGAGUGGUGGAACCGCGUCAUCCAGAGGCCAGUCACACAAGGGGACAGCGAGGGCCUGCAGAACCUGCAGGCGCUGGUGAAGGGGAUCACCUUGCGGCGCACCAAAGCCAGUAAGGUGGGGGGCAAGCAGGUGGUGGAGCUGCCGGACAGGAAGGUGUUCGUCGAGCACGUGACCCUCUCCGAGGAGGAACAGCAGGAGUAUGACCUCGCCAAGAUGGAGGGCAAGAACGUCAUCGGGAGGUAUAUGAAAGAAGGGACCGUGCUGACAAACUACGCCGAUGUCUUGGCCAUUCUGGUGCGAUUGCGGCAGCUCUGCUGUCACCCUGGGCUGCUCAGGUCAUACGCCGGAACAGGCGAGUCGUCCACACCCAGUGAGCUCCGCGAGCGCCUCGUCAGCAAAGUCAGGCUGGUGCUGGGCUCGGGCUCGGAUGAGGAAUGCGCCAUCUGCCUGGAGUCGCUGCGCCAGCCCGUCAUCACAUACUGCGCCCACGUCUUCUGCCGGCCCUGCAUCUGCGAGGUCAUCCGCUCCGAGCAGGAGCAUGCCAAGUGCCCCCUCUGCCGGUCCCAGAUCAAGACCCGGGAGCUGGUAGAAUACCCAGGAGAGGAGGAGGACUCUUUCUCAGCCGGCGAUGGCAAAGACAAGUGGCGGUCCAGCUCCAAGGUGAACGCCCUGAUGAGCAGCCUGCUGGCGCUGCGCAGCGAGGACGGCAGCAUCAAGAGCCUGGUGGUGUCCCAGUUCACCCGCUUCCUCACCCUGCUGGAGGUGCCUCUGAGGGAGCACGGCUUCACCUUCACACGGCUGGACGGCUCCAUGAACCAGAAGAGCCGUGCCAAGGCCAUCGAGGACUUCCAGGAUGCCUCUCCUGGGAGCCCAUCCAUCAUGCUGCUGUCGCUCAAAGCAGGAGGCGUGGGACUCAACUUGACCGCCGCCUCCCAUGUAUUCGUCAUGGACCCAGCUUGGAACCCAGCAGCAGAGGACCAGUGUGUUGACCGGUGCCAUCGGCUUGGCCAGAAGAGGGAUGUGGUGAUCACCAAGUUCAUUGUGAAGGACUCUGUUGAGGAGAACAUGGUGAAGAUCCAGAAGAAGAAGCAGGACCUGGUGGAGAAAGCGUUUGGAGCAAAAACUACUCAAGACAAGAGGCAGUCGCGCAUUGACGACAUCAGGGAGUUGAUGGAGUUGUGAUUUUGUUUCUCCGUAGGCUAUAAAAUGACAGCACAGUGUUCAGGAUGUCCAUUUGGAUUGUUAUGUUAAGUCUCAUACUAAUUUCAUUCCGGCCAGCGUCGACCACGUUUACAACCAAAAAUGUUUCUGUUCCGACACAAAAAACGGUUUUGUUAUACAA